AUGGACGCCGAACACUUCACCAACCCAACAAGGAACUUCCCUAGAAAGCGGUGCGGCGUCCUUGGCGCAACCGGCUCCGUGGGACAACGCUUCAUACUACUGCUUGCUCUUCAUCCUCACUUCAGCCUCACUGUUGUCGGCGCGAGUUCUCGCAGCGCCGGCAAGAAGUACAAAGAUGCCGUGAGAUGGAAGCAGAGCUUGCCCAUGAGCAAAGAGCUGGGCGAGCUGGUUGUCACAGAAUGUCGCCCUGAAGAAUUUGUGGGAAAUUGUGAUCUGGUGUUCAGUGGCCUGGAUAGCGAUGUCGCUGGAGAAGCUGAGCAAGCGUUUGCGAAAGCAGGCCUGCCCAUCUUUUCGAAUGCGAAGAACUAUCGACAAGACCCAAUAGUGCCACUAGUUGUGCCCACAGUCAACUUGUCACACCUCAAGCUUAUACCGCACCAAAAGAAGCAGCUCCAGUAUACGUCAGGGUUCCAAGUAUGUAACUCAAAUUGCGCGGUCAUUGGCAUUGUCAUACCGUUCGCUGCGCUUCAGGCUCGUUUCGGGCCGAUCUCUGCAUGUUCCGUAGUCACACUACAGGCUGUGUCUGGGGCUGGCUAUCCGGGUGUGAGUAGUAUGGACAUCAUCGACAACAUCGUACCGUACAUCCCUGGCGAAGAGGAUAAGUUGGAAAAGGAAGCGAGGAAAAUACUGGGUGGCAUUAGCGGCGAUGCAACGGCCUUCCAGGUGCAGGACGACCUCAAAAUCAGUGGGACAUGCACGCGCGUGCCAGUCUUAGAUGGCCACACUGCCUGCGUAUCUCUCUCAUUCCAGAAACGACCAGCGCCAGGCGCCGAGGAGGCCAAACAGGCGAUGAGGGAGUAUGUUUCUGAGGCGCAGCAUCUGGGCUGUCCAAGCGCACCUAAGCAGGCGAUUGUAGUGAUGGAAGAGCCGGAUCGGCCGCAGCCACGGUUAGAUCGAGAGACAGAUCGGGGCUAUGCGGUCAGUGUUGGCCGAGUACGGGAGGACGAGGGAGGGAUUUUCGACCUCAAAUUCGUUGCGUUGAGUCACAAUACCAUUAUUGGUGCGGCAGGGAGCAGUUUGUUGAACGCGGAAGCUGCGGUAUUGAUGGGGUAUCUCUAGCAGACUGACGGGUGAUUACGAGAGUGUCU